ACAGUCUGCGUGUGGCAGAUCACCAGAGCAUGAGUGCGCCAGACCUGCACGCAGCAGCCUUAUCUUGUCCUUGUCACUUUUCAACGGAGCUGCCGCACGCGCCGCUGCGGCAUGAACCUGUCAAAAAAUGGCUGCGGGUGAAAAGACAAGCACUUCCUCUUUCUGGAUUGGAGCUGUGGUGUGCCUAUUGUGUUGUGAAGCAGCCGCUGCUCUAGCGUCGUGCGUGCCCAACGUACCGUCAUACCUGCUGCCAAGUCAACUGCCCACAUCGCCGCUACCACCCGUACCGCUGGAUUUCGUCGUGUCCCAGUGCGCUAUCCGGGAUUCGCAGUUUGCUGCCGGCCAGGCGCGACUGGCGUCUAAACUCGGCAAUGUCAUCGUGGGCGGGCUGUUUCCUAUGCGCGUGUUGCGUGGCGAGGGCGACUUGCCGUUCGAGCGGAACGUGACGUGUCGUGUGGAUGGCGAGCAAGUUCAGCCGGCGAUGCUGAUGACGCUGCUAAGCGUCCUGCACUACUUGGACAACGACGUUGGCGUGAUAGGACGGGCAGUGGACGGCUCGCCGCUCACACUGGGCUACGACCUGCGUGAUUCGUGCAGCUCGCCGCUGUGCGCCGCACGUGAGACCUACACGCUAACCGAGCACUCGCUAGUCAGCCGCUGCGCGUACGACACACACUUCCCGACGGUGUGCCGCAUGCCGCUGUUCCGCCUGCUGCGCGCCAGCUCGUGUGCCAACGCCAGCGAGCUGCGCACCAUGCUGGAACGACAGGGCACGGGCUAUCGGCAACGCCUGCCGCCGGCCAGCCUCAUCCUAGGCCCGUUUCACAGCCGCAUACAACAGGCAGCCAGCAUCAUCUUGACCGUAUACUCCGUACCGGCCAUAGGCAUCGGAGCGGAGACGGCCCACCCCCAGGAAGCGCUCAUUAGCGCAUCGCUGCUCCGGCACGUGACCCCGAGGCCUGGCGACAUGGCACGGGCCGUACUCGACGUCCUGGUCACGUUUGAUUGGUCCUAUGUCGCCAUGGUCACCCAGGACACGAACUACUUCAUGAGCAUGAUCCGUGCCAACCUGGUGUCCCAAGUGUCACAGACAAAUGUCUGCGUGACAAUUGAUAGUCAUCUAUCCGGAGAAGAGUCGAACGGGUUUGCCAUGCGCGGCUUGGCCAAUAUGCUGAACAAGCGGCCACGAGUGCAGGUGCUGGUGCUGCUUACCGGACAGAGGGUUGCCCGCGACCUGCUGGACACGUUACACCGCGGCGGCGUGCGUCCGCUGGUGUUCAUCGGCAUGGAGACGUGGGUCAGGGAUCACUACGUCAUGACGCAUCCGGCCAUCGCGUCACUACUCAUGGUCUCGCGGCGCGCCACGUCCGGAUCGGGGCGGCGUGCUGGAGAGAUCGUCCAGGGCAUCCUCUCCGAUGGCGUGCCAAAUCUGCCACCGGAGCUGCUGCCGUACUGGGAGCGAAUAUUCCGCUGUAGCGCGUGCAACGGCAGCCGAGACGAUACCAACUCAACCAUGGUGGAUCCCGCAGUGGGUGGCGGCGGUGGCGGAGGUCCCGCUGGUAUUGGGAUCAGGGAUGUCAGGGAGAGUGUGACACUGACCAGUCAGUGUGGUCCGUUGCCAGCCGCGUGUGCGGGUGAUCAGGCGUCGCGACCGCCGUGCACCAUGGACGAGAUCGGCGGGCAGAUCAGCGGCGUCGAGGUGGAUCUGCUCGCCGAUUACAUCCUACCGCCGGUACUGGAUGCUCUGUUGCUGACGACCACCGUUAUACGCCGCACCCUUGCCGACUUCUCUCACUUAUUUAACACGUCAAAUUACGCCAUCGCUCUGCCCACCGACACCAGUCUGCUGCACUUUCAAGACGCCAUUCGAACUACUAGCCGGGAGACCCGUCGCUCACCCCUUAUACUCUCUAACGUUCAGACGGUUGAGCUUCCGGGAGGACGCGGCACGGAGAAACGGCUCAGGACGGUCGGUGCGUGGCGGCGCGUGCGGUCAGGAGGCGGCAACAUUCUUGUUCUCGACAACGCCACUCACAUCCAGUGGGGUUCAUUGUCGCGCGGCGGCGGUGUUGGGAGAGAGAACGCACCGCGCUCCCAGUGCAGCGUACCCUGUGAGGAUGGCUAUAGCCCAGUGUUGCUCAGUGCCAUUGACCCGUGUUGCUGGAACUGCACUCGCUGCGCCACGCAUCACAUUCGCUCGGCCGCCGCCAGCCCGGAAACGUGCCAGGAGUGCGGCGCGAGCACGUUUACAAACGCGGCACAGACGGCCUGCGAGCCGCUCGAGCUAACCUACGCCGCUCUCCCGACCCCGGUGGCGGUGAUCUGCACAGUACUGGUGGUGUCCGCGGCCAUUCUCUUCAUGAUCACGUUCGUCGUGUACGCCAUGUAUCGCGCAUCGCCGAUAGUACGUGCGUCCGACUUCAAGCUCACCAUGCUCUUCAUCUUCUGUCUGUUUGUGGGCGUGCUGACGCAAGGUGUGUUCAUUCUGCGUCCGGACGACAUCAUCCCGUGCAGCGUAAAGCCGCCGCUGACCUACACAUGGCAAGUGGCGUGCUUCGCGGUCAUGCUGAUCAAGACGCGCCGCAUGGCAGCGCUCUUCUCGCUCAGUCUGCGCCAGCUGAUGGCGGACUCCAGCAAGCUGCGUGACCAUCAGCAGGUGUUGUUUGUGGCUAUCCUGACUCUGGUCGGCUUCGUCAUGUCCCUUAUAUGGACGCUGACCAACCCGCCGAGGAGCGUGACGGAAGUGAUCACCGCCCACCAGACGGUGAUUCUCUACUGCUCCACCAAUAUAGCUUGGAUUCUUAUUCUGGCAAGUUAUCUGUCAUUGCUAAACAUCUUGACACUGGUGCUGGCAUACAAAACACGCAAGAUCCCGGACAAUUACAACGAGGCUGGAUUUCUGUUCUUGGCUAGCUUCCUCUCAAACUUCCUGUCGUUUGCACUGCUGCCGGCAUACUUCGCCACAUCGGACGAGACCAUCCGCCCUCUACAGCUUUGUAUGUUCAGUACCCUCACACUAAUCACGCUAUGGGCUUGCGUCUGCCUGCCCAGAAUGUAUCGACUCAUGCAGGAACCGAAAGGAGGAAAUAGCCGACAUCGCAGCAGUAACGGCUUGAACCGAUUGCAAAGUUUCCACGCCGGACUCCAGUCUUCAGAUCAAUUGUCGGGUUUGCGUCCAGCCCGCCUGCUGAGUCCGAGCGAAGGAAGUGGGGAUUCUGCACACAGUCGUUCAAACUCGCCAAUCCGUGCCGAUGCCAUCCUAACUAGUUCUGAACACACGGCUGUUGCUCUUGAGCAGUCCGCCGAGUCACUUCUGUUGGACUCUGCGCCACUGGAAUCGCAACAACAGCAUAAACUGCAGUCACAGCUGAGUGGUUGUCGAGAUAUCUCGCACACCUCUAGCCUGGACGACCCGGAUGAGCCGGUAGCCAUUCAGGAGAGCAACAUGAUGGCUGAUGAUGACCCAGGGCCGCUGGGUCAGCUACGUAACAUGAGCGUUGCACCCACGGGCACACAGCUCCAUCUUCACCAGCAGCCGGCCGUAACACACGAUGGCAGCGAUUCCCAUGUUGUCGUCACUACUGCGGAGGAAUUCUCUCGGCGGCUGCGCCAAGAUUCAUGCCCGGCUACCAUGACAAACUCAGUCCGCACCAAAGCCAACCAGAAACUAAGUACAGACCAGACCAGUGCCGUUCGGCGCCGCUCUAUCUCAGCAUUUGAGCUGGGGUCCAAGGAGUCCAAGGUGGCACGGAUGUCGGCAGAGUCACCCGGCGAUGAAUCUCUGUCGCUGUGGCAUCAGCUGAAAGAGUGGGCUGGCUUCGGUGACACCGUUCCACCUAGCUGCAAUCUCCGGGGUGAGCUGGCUGGGUAUGGCGAGGAGAGUGAGUGAGGAGAGUGAGUCUCUCUGUUUGUCUGUCUGUCUUUCUGUCUGUCUGUCUGUCUGUCUGUCUAUCGUCUGUCUGUCUGUC